AUGUCAAGGAUCUGCAAGGAAGCAGAGGCCUUUCUCGAUUACGACACAAUGCACAAGAAGAUUCAAGAAAUCGUUUCCCUGCCGUUGUCCCCUAUUGAGAGCUUAGCCGCUUCAGCCGUUUCGACGGCUAGGAGUCUAUGUGCGGCUGCGAUUGUGGUUCUCACCAAGGGAGGUUACACUGUGGAGCUUGUGGCGAAAUACAGGCCGAGCGUUCCGAUUCUAUCUGUUGUUGUGCCGGAGAUUACUCGUACCGAUGAUUUCGAGUGGUCGUGUUCUGAAUCUGCAGCACAUGUGGCUAGACGUGGUUUGAUUUACCGUGGAAUUGUUCCAGUGAUGGCUACGGGAGCUUCAGCUAGGUCUUCGAACAAGGACUCGACGGAGGAGACGAUUAGGUCCGCAAUUGAAUUCGCGAAGAAGAAGGGGAUAUGCAAGACGGGAGACUCAAUUGUGGCGUUGCACAAGAUCGAUGGUUCCUCUGUUGUCAAGAUUUUGUAUGUGGAGUAG